CAACAUAUCGAAAGUGGACCACACCUGAGGCUAUGUCAUGUCAAUUCGCAUACAGUAUAAAAAUCGCCCAAAAUUCGACAAUAGUAUCAGUUGAUCAACAAUCAUCGACUAAUAAACACAACCAAAUGGCUUUCAAACUCGUAGUUCUCUGCGCCGCUUUGGCUUACGUUCAAGCCGGACUCAUCCCCGCUGCCGCCCCAUUGGCCUAUUCUCCAGCAACCUCUGUGAGCCAUGCUUACAUCUCCCAACCCACACUGGCCGUAGCUCAAGCUGCACCCCUCGCCAUCCAUGCCCCAGCUGUCGGCACCAGCCAACAAAAUGUUCUCAGAUCUUACGGAGGAAAUGCUGCCAUCUCAACCUACAGCAAAGCUGUUGACAGUGCCUUCUCCAGCGUACGCAAAUACGACACCAGAAUCACAAAUGACGCCCUUCCCGUCUACGCCCAUGCCGCCCCUGUAGCCACCUACGCUCAUGCCGCCCCUGUAGCCACCUACGCCCACGCCGCCCCUCUAGCCACUUAUUCCCAUGUUGCCCCAGUUGCUUCUUAUGCCGCUUCCCCUGUUGCUACUACCUACGCUGCUGCUCCCGUCGUUGCCAAGACAGCUGUAGCUUACUCACCAGCUGUAGCUGUUUCCCACAUGACCUUCUCCGGACUUGGUGUUAACUACGCUUGGUAGAUGUUGCGAGUAUGAGAUUAUUUAUUGAUUCUAUUUAUUAAUUGAAAUAAAUUAUUUUAUCAU